GAUUGAUCUAUAAAGAAAGUAUAAAAUGCAACCUGAAAUAUUUUUGUUCACCGUACGUUAUUUCUGGGAUACAAACCACCAUAUAUUAAAUGGAGCUAAAAUUAGAGGACAUGAAAAAACUUAUGGAGAAACUAGAACCAGUUCCCCAGCCGGAGUGGGACGGAAUCAGUUAUCCUUCAUUCAUUCCAUUCAGAGAAAAAGGAGCAGAGAAAGUGAUGCAAGAUAUUAUGGAUUUCAAAUCAAGAGAAUCAGAUAUCAUUUUAGCUACGCAUUCUAAAUCAGGUACCCACUGGGGUUACGAAAUAAUUCAAAUGUUACUGAGAAAUACAACAGAGUUGGAAAAGGGUGUUAAAACUAACUCCAUGUUGGAAGGUAUAGGUGAUUUGUCAUCUUUAGACAGUACUCCAUCACCAAGAAUACUUGACACGCAUUGCAAGUUCAAAUAUUUGCCUAAACAACACAUCGAAAAUAGGAAUAAAAUAGUCCACAUUAUUCGCAAUCCUAAAGACGUAUGUGUUUCAUUUUAUCAUCACGCUCUAAAGGAUAAUUUAGUCAAUUUCAAUGGUUCCUGGAAUGAUUUCUAUGAGCUAUGGAUGUCUGGAAAAUUGGUGUACGGUGCUUGGUACAAUUAUGAGUUGGAAAUGGAACAAGCAGAAAAGGAUUUUCCUGGAAUGAUUUAUACCUGUUUUUAUGAAGAUAUAAAACAGGAACCAGUUAAAGAAAUAAAGAAACUUGCAGAUUUUCUUGAGGUAGAGUGUUCAGCAACACAUAUUGAAGAUGUAGCCAAGGCAACAUCAUUUAAAAAUAUGCAGGAAAAAAAGUUUGAUAUCACCCAGAUUUUUGAUGGCAAAGGAUUUAUUUAUAGAAAAGGAGAAAUAGGUGACUGGAAAAAUUACCGAUAUAACUAACAUACAAAAAUAUAAAGAAAAACAACAUAUAUCCAUUCGUUCGAUGUGUUUGAGCUUUUGAUUUUGCCAUUUGAUUAGGGACUUUCCUUAUUGAAUUUUCCUCGGAGUUCAGUAUUUUUGUGAUUUUACUUUAUACAAUGUUCGUUAUUACUGCAAACUUCCUAAACUGAUACAACCAUCGCAUUUUACAUUUGUUUUAAAAUCCGUCGCUGUAGAAGUAUAUGUCUUACUGGAAAGACCCGAACAUUGCAAGACGACCUUGUGCAAUGACCAUAUUUUUUAGAUAUCGCUGAGGUAGUAAAGGAAUGGUGAAUAGUUUGCAGUUUAACAUAUAACGCACCAGUAAAUUAAAAAAAACUUAAUAUUUAC